AUGGCAGCGUCAGCAGGCUCGUUCCGCAGGCGGCGGCGGCGGUGGCCAUGGUCGGAACUCCCGUCGGAGCUGUUGGGCCUCGUGCUCUCGCGGCUGCCGUCGCACGCCGACCGCGUCCGCCUCCCCGCCGUCUGCCGCCCGUGGCGCUCCAGCGUUCGUCUGCAGCAGCCGCUCCCGCUCCCGCCCCUGCUCCCGUGGCUCGCCCUCUGCCGCGGCACCUUCCUCAGCCUUCCGGACGGCGCUGUCCACCGCCUGCCCGUCGCGGACGAGGACGUCUCCUUCCGAAUCUCCACCGGCAGCACGCUCUUCCUCGUGCAUGACGACGGCAGAUGCUCCAUGGUGAACCCUUGUUUCCCUGCGACGACGACCCCUCUGCCCGAGCUAGCCGCCUGGAUCGCCUCGAAAAAGAAGAGAAAGCCAGUCGUCCGGAAGGUGGUUGCCUUCAUCCUAGACAUCGCGCUCUUCCAAGGCAAGCUCUAUGUCCAAACAAGUACCAAUAUCAUGGAGCGCAACGUCCAAUUUGUCCUCUAUGUCCUUGACGCCGGCCGCGAGCAGACAACCGUCAAACACGCUCAAUGCAUGCGCGAUGCCCUGAGAUAUCUUUUUUAUUUUAAAGGUCCAGCAACUGCUGGCUUUCCAUAUAUUAGCAGGCAGAAAGAUUUAUAA